AUGGAUAAAUGUUUAUCUCUAAAUAUAGAUAAUUUGCAAGUCAACAUGUACAUAGAGAUGGAUUCAAACAAUCCAUCUAUGUUAACCAGCCAAACUUUGCGAGAAAAGCUGAAGAAAUUAGUUUAUGAGGCAACUGGUGCAAAAUUAACUAUUCCUCAAACUGUUUCUCCCCUUCGGCUUCUUCCCGCUCAUCGUCAUCGUCGACUCAGAUGCUUGACGAAUGUUAUAAAUUCUUCGAGUAUGAACAAUUCAAGUGGUUGCAACUUAACUUCAAAUACGAAUUCAUCACAACAUAUUGUAACAACUUUAGAUCAUAUUCAUAUAUAUGGUAGUGUGAAUAGUGUACUUCAAGCUAGACAAUUGAUAAUGAAUUUACUACCAGUCGUAUUGACACUUAACGUGAAUACUUCAGAAGGUGAAUGGCUUGAAAGUUUAGACUUCAAAGACUUGUGUCACCACCAUGACAUUAAUAUAAUUAUUCGAGAUAAACGAAGAAAAUCUGUAAAGUCUGUUGUAAUCAGGACAACAGAGAAAAAUAUUUGUUCGCUUUAUUUCGUAUGUCGGUUAAUUGGAAGGUUAUUGUUAUAUCAUUCGAAAUUGAUCGGGAGCCAGGCUGGCAGUUCAAACUGUUUAGCUUCAGUUACUGAUCAACCUAAAUCAGAUAAACUAUGGGGAAUCAAUAUGUUCAAAUCGGACAUACUUGCGGAGAUACAAUCCUUUUCAAACAGCACAGAAGACAGAAAACUGGUUUGUGACAGCAAGGUGAAUAGUGAACAAUUAAUACUGAGAUCACCAAUCACAUUAUCAUCACUUUCAAACCAGUCAACCAAUUCAUUUUUCACUAGUAAUACUAAUAACAACAACAAUAGUGGUAGUAGUUAUAAUAAUAAUAAUCAGUUUACCACUCAAAAGGCUGAUGCAUGUUAUCGAGCAGAUUACUUACGUUUAAUGAGCUAUAUAAUGAAUACAAAACUGGAAUUAACGUCUUACUGUAAUAAUAUGAUAAGAAAUCAAUAUGAAGGUUUGAAUGAAAAUCCCAUUGCUCAAACAAAGGAAAUCGGAGUUGAUGACCAGCUGUCUACACAGUUGACAAACAUGCCAGUGAAUGAUGAAAUUCAAAAAGGCUAUGAAAUUCCUCCAAGAAUGCUAUAA